UCAUUCUCUUUAAGCCCGAAUAAAAUCUUCACAGCCAAAGAAAGAGAGAGAGAGCGAGAGACUUCUCUUGCUUCUUCUCUCCUCAAGAUCCCCAUAAAAGAAAAACCAAAAAGUUCAUCUCCCUCCCUUAGAUCUUCUCUUCACGCUUCACGAGAGAGAGAGAGAGAGAGAGAUGUCAACUACUGCAACGUCCACGCAGGCCAUGCUCAACCAGGCAACAACCAUGUUAGAAGACCAGAACUUGCCCUCGCAGCUGGGUUUCUACUCCAUCUUCCCUUCGAGCAUGAGCUCCCUCGCUUCGUGCUCAUCGUCGCUUUGUUUCAACCAAUCCCUCAAGUCCCUCCUCACCCUCCCUUCUUCGCUUGUUUCUCCCGAUCCUCCCUCCUCCAACAGUAAUAAUAACAACCUCACCCUCAUCACUGAAACCCUACUUUCAUCUACCACUCCUCACAAGCAAAGAGAGAAUCUUCUGACUCCUUCUGAACAACUCUUGGGAGGUCCCCAACUUCUGUCGUUGCAAAGAUCAACCCCAAAUCUCUGGGCAUGGGGUGAGUUGACUGAUCAGAGCGGCUUGGUCAUGAGAUCGUCAUCCAGCGGUGGAGACCAUGGCGAUCAUUAUCAUCAUCACCACCAGCAUCAAAGCUUGGGGGUUUCAGCUUUGAAGAUGAAGAAGAUAAAGGGGAGGAGGAAGGUGAGGGAGCCGAGGUUUUGCUUCAAGACCAUGAGCGAUGUGGAUGUGUUGGACGAUGGGUACAAAUGGAGGAAGUACGGUCAGAAGGUGGUCAAGAACACACAACAUCCCAGGAGCUACUAUCGCUGCACGCAGGACAAUUGCCGGGUGAAGAAGCGGGUGGAGCGGCUGGCCGAGGACCCGAGGAUGGUGAUAACGACGUACGAAGGCAGGCACGUGCACUCCCCAUCGCAGGACGUCGAGGACUCGCAGGCGUCCUCGCAGUUGAACGACUUCUUCUGGUAGUAACUAAUCAUACAUAUAUAUAUAUGAUCAUCACUAAUAAAGCAUAGAUGGAGGGUUCUGUGGCAGGCUUAUGAGGGUUCGUAUAUUGCCAGGGUCGAGCAAUAACCAGUAUUAACUGCAUCUUCCUUCCUUCCUUCUUUCUUUCUUGAUUAUUUGGUUUCUUUUGGUCCUUUUUUGCGGUGAACUCCGAGUCAACUGGUGGUCAAAGAUCACUACGGUGACUUUCCUUCGCUUCUGAAGUUGAGGGAUGCUUUGAAUUUACUGAUGUUGGUUGGGGAAAAACUGUUGUUGCCCGCAUUCAAAUUUGGGCCUCAGUAUAUGGUGAUGAUAGUGUCUGUGUUUAUAUAAUAUAGUUUUCUUGUUUU